GCUGGGCUUUUUCAGACAAGUGCAUCUCCUAACCAGGUCACAUUUCAGCCGCGACCCACUAUCCGUCUGUCACCGGAGUCAGACCGCAGGAGGAGGGCGGAGGAAGACGACGGCAUUUGCUUCGCCAACCGCGGGGUGGGAAGAAGGACAUUAAAAUCCUGCAGAAGUCAAGACCACCCCCCACCCACCUCCAGGUCGGACCCUGACCACGAUGCACGCCCCGGGCUGCGGGCGGCUGGUGCUGCCCCUGCUGCUCUUCGCCGCGGCCGCCCUGGCCGAAGGCGACGCCAAAGGGCUCAAGGAGGGCGAGACCCCCGGCAAUUUCAUGGAGGACGAGCAAUGGCUGUCGUCCAUCUCGCAGUACAGCGGCAAGAUCAAGCACUGGAACCGCUUUCGAGACGAGGUGGAGGAUGACUACAUCAAGAGCUGGGAGGACAAUCAGCAAGGAGACGAAGCCCUGGACACCACCAAGGACCCCUGCCAGAAGGUGAAGUGCAGCCGUCACAAGGUGUGCAUCGCCCAGGGCUACCAGCGGGCCAUGUGCAUCAGCCGCAAGAAGCUGGAGCACAGGAUCAAGCAGCCUGCCCCGAAACUCCCUGGAAACAAAGAGACCAUCUGCAAGCCCUGUCACAUGGCCCCGCUCGCCUCAGUCUGUGGCUCCGAUGGCCACACUUACAGCUCGGUGUGCAAGCUGGAGCAGCAGGCCUGCCUGAGCAGCAAGCAGCUGACCGUGAGAUGUGAGGGCCCCUGCCCCUGCCCCACAGAGCAGGCCUCCCCCUCCACCACCGACAGCAAGCCAGAGACCUGCACAGGUCAAGACCUGGCUGACCUGGGGGACCGGCUACGGGACUGGUUCCAGCUCCUUCAUGAGAACGCCAAGCAAAAUGGCUCGGCCGGCAGUGGGGCCAACCUGGCCAGUGGGCUGGACAAGAGCCUGGGGGCCAGCUGCAAGGACUCCAUUGGCUGGAUGUUCUCCAAGCUGGACACCAGUGCUGACCUCUUCCUGGACCAGACCGAGCUGGCUGCCAUCAACCUGGACAAAUACGAGGUCUGCAUCCGCCCUUUCUUCAAUUCCUGUGACACCUACAAGGACGGUCGUGUCUCCACUGCUGAGUGGUGCUUCUGCUUCUGGAGGGAGAAGCCUCCCUGCCUGGUGGAGUUGGAGCGCAUCCAGAUCCAGGAGGCUUCCAAGAAGAAGCCAGGAAGCUUCAUCCCGAGCUGUGAUGAGGACGGCUACUACCGGAAGAUGCAGUGUGACCAGAGCAGGGGUGACUGCUGGUGCGUGGACCAGCUGGGCCUGGAGCUGACAGGCACCCGCACGCACGGCAGCCCCGACUGCGACGACCUCGUGGGCUUCUCAGGGGACUUUGGGAGUGGUGUCGGCUGGGAGGAUGAGGAGGAGAAGGAGGCAGAGGAAGCAGGCGAGGAGGCUGAGGAGGAGGAGGGCGAGGCGGGCGAGGCGGACGACGGAGGCUAUAUCUGGUAGAUGGCCCUCGGGGAGGCGCGGCAGGCCAGGGUGCCGAUGGCCGGGGGGACGGGCCGGCCGAGACCGGGACGGAAGCCGCCAGCUUACGCAUGGGUCCGGAAAAUACAGCCGGAAGGGCCCUGGCUCCAGCGGGGAGGACUGGGUGUGUGAGUGUGCAUGGCACGCGUGCGUCCUCCGUGGCCAGGACGUGUGAACGUGUG